CUGAUGACAUCAUGUUUCAGUGUAAAAGUUUUUUCUCAGACGAAUUGGAAGUAGGAUAUCCUUAAUAAUCAAGGCCGGGUCUGCAGCCUUCGAUACACAAUUUCACGGUCAUUAUCAUAAAAAGGACACAACAAGCAAUAAAUUGAAACGCAGGACAUCGAUAAUUCUUUCGGUACCUGGUAUAAAACACGAACAGACCGUUAUCACUGGCCAGACACGAAAAGACGUUUGACGGAGAUUCAGCAAAAGGAACGGAGAACCAAGAAGAGGCUUUGACUGUGAUCACCGGUGGCCGAAGGGAUGGAACGCAAAAUGGUACCGGGUUUGGAAUGUUACAAAUUGUUCUCUGCGCGAUCUUGAUACUUCACGGAGACGUUUCAUUAGCGAAACCAUUGGACCCUGAAGACUUGGAAGGCCUACUGCCACCGACGCCACAAGAUAAGAACGAAACUAUUGCCGCGAUCGUUCAGGAUCCGGUCGUCCAGGACGCAGUGCAACAAACAGCCAGUAACAGCUCGUUGAAUGGACUCGUCGUUAAACGAAAAGUUUACAUUUUACCAGCUAACGAUCCAAACAAGAUACUCUCAGCUCGGGAGCAUAUUUUGGUAGUCCCAACCGAGAAUUUGGAAGAUGUUCGAAAAAAUAUCACGGAAGCGAAACAGGCAGAGGUUGAAUCCUCUUCGAUGGACAGCCAGUUAUUGGUUGAAAGCGACACGGAUGACUACAUGCCUCAGAGUGAUGCGAUCUUCGAUUCCCAAGAAAACGAAAAUGCGGCGGACCUGUCCCCAUCGUCGAUCCCGGAAGCGAACGUAGAACAGAUACCGGUAAACAAGAAUCAGAAAAUCGACACCAAAUUCUUGGAAGACAAACUAAGCCAAUACACACCGGCUCCGGAUGACGAGUCAAAGAAGAUGGCUGUCCCCAUUGUGGCGGUCAUCGACCCGUCUACCGCUGACAAGGGCAAGGUGAACGCUCCGAUAGUGGCGAUCCUGCCAAAUCAGUUGUCUAGCAACACCUUAAACAACCACGUGCAAUUCUUGGCGGAAAAUAGCGACAAGAUCCAGAAUAAAGCGCAGAGUUUCGUCGAUCAAUCAUCGUUGACCGUUAAUCCUGAUUAUUGGAAGAGUUCGACGACCGCGUCGGAGAUCACAAUCGUCCCAUCGACGCAGGAGGCAAUGCAAGUGUCAUUGUUACCGGAAGGAUCUUCAAAUUUGGUGAACGAAGAAGUUUUCUUGACGCCUGUCGCGGUCCCGCGAUGGGGCAUCGUCGCGCCAUUUUUUCCGAAUCACGGCGAAUAUCCGCGUGACACGGAGGACAUGGACGUCGCCGAGGAUAUAAUCUUCAGGCCGUUGUUUAGGUAUCGGCAGGAGACCCAAGGAAGAUCUAGUAACCGAAGAUACGGCUACAGGUCUCCUAGUUACAAUUACUACCCCAGACGUGGUUCUUAUUACGGAUCCUACGAUGAUUAUUAAAAAUUCGAAAUGAGAAUUUUUAGAAUGGAAGUUUUUGGAUAAUCGCGUUUUUUUUUAAUACUGUAAGUGUAUUGUACGCAAUAAGGUUCAGCAGUGUCCGGUUUAACCCUAAUUCGUCAGAAAAGAUGGAAAUUUUAUUAUUUGUAUAAUAUUAAUAUUUAUUACUUGCAUAUCAUGGAAGAAGAAUAUUUUGUUCCAUUUUUCUAGAAUGAGUCAAGGUUACUAGGACUUCCCGGAUCUUAUUACAUAAAUAUAACGUUUGUAACUGUGUUUAAGAAAGUGUUUCCUUAUUAAAUUCCUUUUUAAUUCUCCUUUAUUAUAUAUUUAUUAUAAAUUGAUCAAUAGACU